AUGGCAACAAUUAACAAAUCGUAUUUCUUUCUCUGCUUCUUUUUCUUGUCCUUUGCUCUAGUUAUUGCCAGCGGAACUGAUCAACAGGAAGUACAGUUAGAUGCCUACUGGAAACAACGAGCCGAAGAAGCCGAAAAAGUGGCCAUGCAAUCUUUUCAAACAGAUCCUGAGCUAGUCACCGAGGAGUUCAAUUCUAAUGUUGGCGAGCUUUUGAUGAAGCUAAAUGGCACAAGAAGGAACUUGAGGGGCCUCAAGAAGUACAAGGGUCCAUGCAUGGCCACCAACCCAAUUGAUGCAUGCUGGAGGUGUGACAAAAACUGGGCCAACAACCGCAAGAGGCUCGCCAACUGCGUCCAAGGCUUCGGCAGAAAGACCACCGGCGGCAAGGCCGGCCCUAUUUAUGUGGUGACUGAUCCCUCUGACUUGGACUUGGUAAACCCUAAACCUGGAACCCUGCGUCACGCAGUGAUUCAGAAAGGGCCUCUUUGGAUCAUCUUUGCACGCAGCAUGGUGAUUAGGCUGCAGCAAGAGCUGAUUGUGACUAGUGACAAGACCAUUGAUGGUAGGGGAGCCAACGUUAACAUACACGACGGCGCUGGCAUUACCCUCCAGUUUGUGAAGAAUGUGAUCAUCACCAACCUUCACAUCAAAAAGAUUGUGCCGAAAGGAGGUGGCAUGAUCAGAGACUCCGUCGACCAUUUGGGCCAGAGGACCAGGAGUGAUGGCGAUGGCAUCUCCAUCUUUGGCUCCUCCAACGUUUGGAUUGACCACGUUUCCAUGGAAAAUUGCGCAGAUGGGCUCAUAGACGCUAUCAUGGGUUCCACAGCUAUCACCAUCUCCAACUCCCACUUCACUCACCACAAUGACGUGAUGUUGUUCGGUGCCAGCAACAGCUACGCUCAAGACAAGAUCAUGCAAAUCACGGUGGCCUUCAACCACUUUGGUCAGGGAUUGGUGCAGAGGAUGCCAAGGUGCCGGCACGGAUUCUUCCAUGUGGUGAACAACGACUACACCCACUGGCUCAUGUAUGCCAUCGGCGGCAGCAUGAACCCUACCAUCAUCAGCCAGGGUAACAGGUUCAUUGCUCCUCCAAAUCAAGGCGCCAAAGAGGUGACCAAGAGGGACCACACACCAGAGGCAGAGUGGAAGAAAUGGGAAUGGAGAUCAGAGGGAGAUUUGAUGAUGAAUGGAGCAAUCUUUGUUCAAUCUGGAUCCGGAAAGAGCAAUCACCCAGCAAAGAUGGAUUUGAUGCCCUUCAAGCCGGGAACCUAUGUCGCAGAGCUCACAAAGUUUGCCGGUGCUCUUGACUGCUCUGUUGGCAAACCUUGCUAG